AUGCCGAAACCCAGGUCGCGGCCGUCCUCCGAUGCGCAGCGGCGACCUCCAAUUCGCCGUGACUCGACCAGGGUGGUGAAUAGGCUCACCACCUUCCCUACGCACGCGUGUUGGUCGGAGAUACUGAAGCGUUCCGACGGAAAGGAUCGGGUCGUAGGUCUAAUCCAGUACGUCGCGAUGGUCAUCUCCGGGGGCCGUCCCGGCAGCGUGCUGACGUCGAUUGGAUUCGCCUUGAACGAUGCGCGGCGACCGUUCAGGCUCUACACGCCCGUCGCGGUGCUCAUCGACACCUUCUUAGCGAAAGGUAAGCCCAAGACGAAGGGCGCGAUGCGCACGCUCGAGUGCAUCAAGGCCAUCAGCACGGCGGUAUACGUCACGUGCGACCACGUGGUCUGGGCGGGAGGCGCGGGGGCGGUCGACAAGCGAUCGACACUUUACAAGGUGUGCGACAAACUGUCGCUGAUGGGAUGGGCCGCCGGAUCGGCGUUGAUGGCCGCGGGGCACGUGCCGGACCUGAUCGCGUACACGAGGGCGCUUCGCGACCCGCUGGCGAGCGAUAACAAGCGGGACGACGACGUCGACGAGUGGGAGCUACGGGAGGAGCUCGAGGAGAAGACGGUAGCGUCGGCGUUGGACGUGGCGUCGGGUCUCACGCAGGCGCUCUUCGCGCUGUCCCUGCUCGGGGCGACGCCCCUGAAGGGACGACAGAUGCAGUGCGUGGGUCUGGCGAUGGGGAUCGUGGGUGUGAUGCGACAGCUGGUGUCGGUGCCGUUGCCGCCGGAGAAGACGGGGAUGGGGCGGAUGGGGCGGCUGCCAAUUUCGCCAUCCAUGCCCAUGCUCCGGUAG